GCCCCCCCCUACGCUCAAGAACUGGCAGCCCGACCGGGAUACGCCCCCUGCAUCCCCCUCCUACGAAGCUCCCCAAAGCCAUUUAGGCUUGGAACUCCAAAGCCACAUCGCAGCGGCAGUGGCUUCACGCACAGCACAGCUAAAGACUACAGGAGAUGAGGAGCUGCCUCCUUGGGCAAGGAUAUCAGGACCCUGGUCCUCAACUUCAGCAGGAACCUGGCAACAAGUAACCCCACCA